AUGGUUCCCCGUAUUGUUGUCCAAGGCAACCUUGUCAUCCACGGCAAUGUGUACAUAGGCGGCCCAUCCCGCCCCUCCGGAAACGCAUCUGGGUCUGAGGAUUCGACCUCGUCGGACACCGACUCGGAGUACUCCACCGGUCUCCGGCGGCCGGAUUGCACUUGUACCUCGUCGGUGUGUACUUCGUGCACCUGCACCUCGUGCAGGUCGUCCGAGAGCAGCAGUUCCUCCGGAUAUGCUAGCUCAGGCUUCACUACGCAGGACAAUGUACCCGGGGUCUUCGACUGUACUCCUAUACCAGUUUCCCGGGCCCCGGCGAUGCCCGUGUUCUCCGAGGGUUUCCUCUUCGAGCCCGAGGAUCUCCUCCUCCUUGACCUGGAGGUUCCACCCCGCCGGGAGCCCUCACCAGCACCGGAACCAGGCCCAGCGAACCCCCCACCCCGGCGCGGCCCCCUCUAUCGCGGGCCCACGAUAUAUGAACUCCGUACAAUGCCUGCUACUGUCGAGGAACUGUUUGACCUCUACUAUGUCCAUGUGAGCACCACGACCUUCGUCGUGCUCAUCUUGUGGAAGAGCGCGGAGCCCAUCGACUGGCACGGCGAGCCCCUGCGCGUCCUGCGGUAUGAAUUCCAUACGCUGCGGGGUUUAAACCACACGGCCCAGGUCCUUCACGGGGUCAUCCAGGCCGGCAAGGAGAUCUGCCUGUACCGCGAAGACGGCAACGGCGACCUCGAGCAUUUCACCUACAAGGGCCGCACUCACUUCCACUAG